AUGGAAAAAACAACAGAGAAAGUAUCUAAAAACACUGGUCAAGCAUACACAUCAUUUAAAGGUAAAGCCAUGCCACAAAAAAACAUUCGUCCACCUUGUGUAAAUACUUGUCGAUUGUCUUGUUCAAAUAAAUUUAUUGCAGAUGAUAGAAAUAUAAUACUUAAGACGUACUGGGACCUUGGUUCUUUUCAAAGACAGCGUGGCUUCCUUGCUUCUUGUGUAAAGAAAGUUGAACCUGAAAUCCGUACUUUUAAGAUUCGAAAAGGUGGAGACAUGAAUAGAAAAUGUAGAAAACCAAACACAACUUACUUUCUUAUUAAUCAAGGUAAAGAGAUAAGGGUUAGUAAAACGUUUCAAUUGAAUACAUUAACCAUAAGUAAUAAACCACUACGUACUGUAAUUGAAAGUAAAUUUGCAAGCAUACUUGCUAACGAUAUUAACCUAAAUACCAUCAAAAAUAUUGAUGGCGAAACAAUCAGACUUUCUGAUAUCAAAGUAAUGAAAUUCAUUAAAGAUUCCGAUACCUAUAAGUACAAAACCACAUAUAAAACUGAACAAUUUAAAGAAGCUAAAAUUAAAAUUAGCCGUUCAGGCAAGAAAAAUAUCACAGAUAUUAAUUUGAGUGCUGUUUAUAGCUCUAAAUUGCCAAUUGCAAACAAUAAGAAACAAGACAUUCGUCAAUUAAUUACUGGUAAUAUUGUUCCAAAGUAUUAUGAAAACUUAUACAACAGUUUAUUUGAAUAG